AUGAGUACCUGCCAGCCAUCUCAUCCUAGGUCACCUCCUAUGCAACAUCAGGCAGGUGAAGUCACUAACAUCCAUGAAAAAAUACACUUAAGGCAAAUUCUGGGACUCCAGAAUCCACAGAUACCUGCAGAGUCUCUAGCUCAGGUGUGGGGAACCUCUGGCCCUCCAGAUGUUGCUGAACUCCUGCUUGCUGGAGUUGACGGGAGUUGCAGUCUAGCAAGAGCUGGGGUGGCCAAAGGUUCCCCACACCUCACAAGAGGAAAAGGAUUCUGCAUAUGCUCAGGAGCACAUUUGCCCUGCGGUCUUUGAAAUGCUACAUGCCCCUUGGAGAUCAAGGAUUUCUGUGCAUGCUCCAGGACACUCAGCCAAGGUGCCAGAAUUUUGGACAGCCCAAAGGUAGCUGCUGCACUCUUUAGACACAAUGUCUGCUGAAAUUGCUGAUAAAUUUGCACUGGCUUCCUCGCACUUCGAGACUAUCUGAGGUAGGGACUGGAACAGGCCUGCUUCUUUGAGGACUUGUUAAUUUAUUUUAGCACUACUUUGGAAACAAGCAGGUAUGUGCUCUUUGCGACUGGGCAUAUUUCCAAAUGUGAAUUCCACAGAAAAACAACAGACUGUGGAGCAUUCAUGUGCCCCAUGUGCCCAUGGCUCUGGAAUUUAUGUGCUCCCAUGCAAGAGAGGUUUUAUGAGCGAAUUUGGUGGUUCCUUUCCCCACUUAGGCCAGACAGGUCCCCCACGUGUCUGCCUUUAAUGUUAUGGCCCACCAUUAAACUUGCAUGCACCACGAAAUGUGACACCCACAUAUGGAGAUGAGAUGAAAUGGAAUUACAAACAAUAUAGAAUGUAUACAGAAAAGGGGAAAGAGAAAAUUGAAUAUAUGGUAAUUCACACAAAAUCCAGUAAAAUAUGACGGAGCGAAUGAUUAGCAAUUGGAUAUGAUUUGCAUGCUUAUUAGCAAAUGGCAAGCACUGGCAAAGCAAUAAAAGGGACUAACAUAUUCAAUAAUAAUUUUUUUAUUAAUUUUCAAUUUCAAUCCAAUAAUAGCCUCAUUAUAACAAUACCAAACUAUAAUACAAUUACAAACACCUAUUGUUCAAAUACAAAAUUAUAUAAUUUAGGUGGCCUCCCAUUUGCUAGAAUUGAUGGUUGAUUAUUUUAUUUCUGCGUUCCAAAAUCUUACGGAUUUCAAUUACAUUCCAGUAAAAAAAAAAUCCCUUAUACAAUUGCAAUAUUCACUCCAUAAGUAAUAAAGGAUGGGGAAGAGUCAGCUCUAAGUCCCCAUUGUAAACCUUUUGCAAAAUAGAGUUUCCCUCCCUUUUUCCUUUUUUUUUUUUUUUUACAUGCACAGUUCUCUUUGAUGUUAUCUUCCAUAUCUAUAAUAUGGAUCAGGCUUGGUUUCUAACUGCCUCUGAAUUCUGACAGAGGAGCAUCACCACUCAGGAGGGGCCAGGUGGGGUUGCCACGGUGACAAGUGUGGGAAUGUUCAGGGAUGCAGGAGAGGAUAUAUUGUCUGAUAAUACCCUUUCCAACUUGGGUUAACAAGUUUACAAUUUUAGCAGAGUAACAGUCCCCCUUUUAAACUUGCAGCGGAUGCGUUUGCUCAGGCUCGCUAAAGCCUCUAUAAUAACUGUUCUGGUAUUUCCCCCCCUAUUCCCUCAUAAAAGAUAAGACACUACACAGUCUUCUACAUAUCAUACUCACAUAUCAUUCUGUUCACAAUCGGAUCCCAGAAGGCAGACUUAGCUUAGAAAAGUAACAUACACACUUGGAAACUAUUCCAUAAGAAGACAGUCCCUUUGUCCUCUCUUGGCUGGAGCCAAGAGGGCAUCUUUGGCUGAGCAGAUGUUGCUUCUUCGAUGCAUGUAAUGAAAGAGAGAGAGAUGGCUGCCCUGCCCUGUGCUUUUGUCAUUACCUGUACAGGUGAAGCCACACCCACCUCUAGUCACAUGUAGAGGAAGUCUGUCCCAGCCCAGAAGGAAACAGGAAGUUUACCUGCUGGCUGGACAAACAUUCCUCCCCAUGUGUAAACAUGUUCACUCUAGGAAUGUUGAACUUGACUGCUCUUGUGUUUCACAUCCCACAACAAGGACCUGCCUUCCUUUGUGACAUCUCUUGCUUUUCCUUUAAAAGCCACUGACAUGCAGGCGGCCAUUGUGGGUUAGUGAGGAGAGGUCAGAGGAGAGAGGAGGUGGUGGUGGCGGCGGCAGUUGGUGGAGAGUAGGCGGAGGGUUAGUGAAUAGUUCUUUUUUCGUUUCCUUAUUUUGAUUUCAUUUAUUACUUUUAUUUUAUUUAUUUGAUUUGAUUUGUUUUUAUUUUAUUAUUUUCUUUUAACACUUUUAUUUAUUUUAUUUUUUGUUCUUUGUUUUAAUAUUUUUGUUUUUUGUGCACAUCUGUGCAUAUUCUGUAUAUAUUUUGUUUUUUGUUUUUUUACAUAGAGUAGUAGUUAGGGUUAAGUGUAGGGUUAGGGCGGGGGUUAGGUAUAGACUUAGGGCAGGGGUUGGGGUCAGAUUUAGGCUUGGGUGGGCAUUUCAGAUAGUUAGUUACUUUAGAUAGGAGGGUGGGAUCUUUCGUGGACGACAUGGGCAGGCUGUAAGUAGCAUCCCUUUCUCUUCAUUUCCGGGAGGUGGGGUGUGAGUCUGUUUCCCAGCCAAGUUGUCCUGGCCAAGUCCCCAAUCCAUGUAGGUUGGAUCCACUCUUGUCCUUGAGAUGGCUACCUGUCUGGCACUCAGAGACCAGGAGGGCAGUGAUUAUCUCCCAAGCAGAAGGGUUGCUGUGUACGUGGUCUCAUGCAUCAGGGAUGAUGGCUGCCCCUAGCCAUGUCCCAAGUGCCUUCUCUGGUAGCCAUCUUCCUUCUGAGCUGAACAGCAUUGGAACGGUGUCAAUCCAAUGUUGGAUUGUUUUUAUAUGAAUAUUUGAAGGUUUUCCCGCUGCAAGAGUAGGAGAGUGCUACGACCAGAUAUUAUUUUCUUCUUCUUCUUCUUCUUCUUCUUCUUCUUCUUCUUCUUCUUCUUUCACUCGUAGCCGAGUAAGAUUGACUUCCAUGAACACUGAGUUUUAACAGUGAGUCCAUAAGUGAUUGUGGAGGCCAAUUCUGAAUCCACACAUCCUUCCACAGUGGGGACAUAGUUUUCUGGGCGGGAGUUGAUCACAGUGAGGGUUUGCCAAGCGUGGCUUCCUCUUAGGUCAUUUCUCCCUUGUGUCCUGAGUUCAAGAGUCUUCAAAGCCCAUUACACCUUUGGUAAAGGCUGUUCUCCUAUUGGAGCGCUCGCAGGCCAGUGUUUCCCAGCCAUUGGACAUGACCAGUCCAACGAAGGUGGUGUUGAAGAAUCAUUGCUUCAACACUGGUGAUCUUUGCUUCUUCCAGGACACUGGUAUUAGUUCGCCUGCCUUCCCAAGUGGUGUGUCACAUUUUUCGGAGAUACCAUUGAUGGAAUCUUUAAAGGAGUUGGAGAUUGCGUUUAUAUGUGGUCCAUGUUUCACAAGUGUCCAGCUGGGUUGGUAGUGCAAGAGCCUAGACUGAAACUUAAAAGACUAGUUUCAAUGGACCAAGAAUGGUUUUCAUGGCUGGUUCUGACUUUUCCCUUUCCCCACUGGGAAUUCCGACUUGUAGAGCAGAGGCCACGGCUGGUUGGCAGCUGCAGUGCCUGUGUGUUUUGUUCUGUUGUUGUUGUUUAAUCAUUUAGUCGUGUCCGACUCUUUGUGACCCCAUGGACCAGAGCACACCAGGCACUCCUGUCUUCCACUGUCUCCCGCAGUUUGGUCCAACUCAUGUUGGUAGCAUUGAACACUGUCCAACCAUCUGGUCCUCUGCCGUCCCCUUCUCCUUGUGCCCUCAGUGUUUUGUUCUAGAGGGUGCUGUUUCAUGGCACUCACUGGUUGCUAUUGGACAGUUCUUUAGAUAGUCUGAGUGGAUUGGUUGAGUGCCUUGCGAGCGAAAGGCUCAGCCUUCAUUAGGGCAAAUGUUCUAUCCUUAUUUAUGGGAGCCUUUGGAAUAGAAAAAGGAAAGGACUGUGUCAGGAUGUGUUUUGUGGGGACAUUUGCAGAAGUGAAGGUAUUGAUUUGGGGUACAGUCGGAGGGGGGUAUGGUGCCUGCUGGAGGGGGAAACCCCCGCCACCCUUUCCAAAAAAAUCCGGUUAAGAAUGUUAAGAAUGACCCAAAGCUCUCCCCUCUCCCUAUUUCUUUCAUUUGCUUCAUGAAAUUUAUACCAUGCUUGACUGCAUGAAUGAGGGGACCAGGCUCUCUGGGUCCUGGCAUGGACAUAGCUCUUGAACCCAGAACACUUGGGACCUCCUUUCUCUCUCUGCCAGCCCUUCAUGCUCUGGGCUGCCUCUUUCAGGCUCUGAUGAUGCCCCUUCAGGUCACUGAACUGCAGAGAGAUGGAAGGAAUUGGUCAUGAUGGGCCGUGUUAUGUACUGAAGUUCUCACCCUGGGCCAGCAGGGGGAUACUGUAGAUAGUUAUGCAAAUGAAGGAUCGAAAAGUGACAUUCAGUGAUUGGAUAGUUUUGUAUGUAAAUGAAGGAUCGAAAAGUGACGUUCAGUGAUUGGAUAGUUUUGUAUGUAAAUGAAGGAUCGAAAAGUGACGUUCAGUGAUUGGAUAGUUUUAGAAAAUAGCAACAGUUGCAUUGUUCUGGAGCUCUAUAUAAGCAGGCUGACUGAGCUCCUCAGCCUAGUUCUGUUCUGGCAUCUGAAUAAAGAAGAGCUGUUUAAAGAAUCGCUGUGUCGUCUGACAUGUUCGCCCACAACUUAACAGGCCGGCAAGGAUCGAUUAGGCUCCACAUAUGUAUUUCUGUUCUGCCAAUUUGGCAGUGGUUCACUGUUUUCUCCAGACGCACCUCCUCACACACAAACACCCCCUAAGAAUUGGGGCUGCUGGCGUCUGAGUCGCUCUCUCCGCUCAUCUCUUCUAGGACCAGGUGCUUAAGGCGCCUGUUCAGGCGCUGCCACAGGGUGGCCCCCCAGCAAGACCCAGAGCAGCCCGUGGCGACAGGUGAGCAAGUGGGCCUCCUUUUUUGGACAGAGAAGGGCAGGAAUGGGCAUGGGGGGCAACUAGUCCAAGGAUGCAAAAGAGGACUCACCUCUUCCCAUGUCCUUCUGUUUGCAGUUCUGCUGCGGUUCCGCAUCCCAGCCCCAGGGGUGAUUAUUGGAGAAAACAUGAGCAGGGACUGGAUCCCUCAGACCUGCCCCCCGCUGCCUGGGCUCUUUGCCCCCCACUCUGCACUCUCAGAUGCGGAGAAGCCCUCCCCUCACGAGGAACUGACAGCCUGACUUUUGCAUUUCAGCUGCUGGAGGAUGAACAGCUCUACCUCCUGGGGGUCAUCCAGAGCUGCCAGGCAGCUGAGCUCAGGGGGUCUGAUCCCUGAAGUGCUCCAAGCAGGAGACGGCCCAAGCCAUUCUGGUGAGUGAUGGGUGGUGUGGGGGGAAGGGGUUGUGCAUCUGCGGAGAGGAGGACCCUGCCGGCCUAGGGCAUGGGGUUGCCAUUCUCCUGCAAAGCCAAGCCUGGUGUUUGGGGUCAGAGCUGAUUUUCCUCCUCUGUUCUCUUCCAGGACAUCUUGGGGCCCUUGGAGCACUUCAGGGAUCGCCCCCUGACCCUGGUCCUUGCCUUGGAGGCCCUCCUCCAGCUAAGGUGAGUGGGGUCUUUGGCGUGGACGGGGUUGUGGGUGGGGUCAGAACUCCAGGGGGAAAGAGCAGGUGGGAGGGACAAGGGGGCAGGGGAGACUCUAACCCUCUCCCUUUCAUCUCUGCAGCACCAUGAGGCCCAAAUUCAGCUGUGAUAUGAUCAGUGCGAUCCUGCGCAGGACGUUGGAGGCCGUGCUGAAUGGGGCCAAGGAGGAGGAGGAGGAGAGAGAAGUAUGUCCUUUGUUUUGACUUCCCUUCACAGGCUCUUUCUUCUUCUUCGUCACACACUUGGAGAAUCCAACCCAGCAUUCAAACUCUUUUCCUGCAGGAACUGAAGAGGCACUUCUGGCUCCUGAUGGGGAGUCUCCUUAUGGAAGCCCCCAACCCUGGCACCCUCCUCCACCUUCUCAGUGUAAGUGUCCCGAUGGCAUCGGGGUGGUUUUAGGGCUGUACCCCCCCCGUCCCUUACCCAAUGGACUGCCCCAUUUCUGGGGCACACAGCCUGUUUGGCCCCCAGUUUGGUCCAAGACCAAACCUGGCAAAUCCUCAUGGUGCCAGGGACUCCAUGGUGGGGGCAGUGGGGGCUGCUUUGGCCCAGACUGGCCCCUGACUCUGAGACGCUCUUUCGUCCUGCAGGACCUCCGAGGAUACGCCCUGGGGGAAAGUGGGGAGGCUCAAGAACUAGCAGCCAGCAGCAUUUCCUUGCUGCUGGCCGUUGCCCGGAAAUACCCCACCCUCAGAGUAAGUACCUUGCCUUCUUCUAUUCAUUUUUUUGGUUAAUUUUAUCCCCCCAAGAUCACACCCCCAAGUGAUCUUUAGUGCAGAUGAUGCGGGGUGUGUCCCUGGGGGCCAGGAUGAGGCCAGAGGCUUUUCCUGCCCCCUUUCCUGCUGCUGCCCUUCCACCUCUGCCCAGGGGGCUGCAGGGCCCAGAGAGGUCCUCUGGAACAAGGGAUUGGGCCCAAGACAGAGGGAGACCUGUCCUUCCUGAUUUGGUGCUGCUUCUGUGCUCUCUUGCUCCCAUCUGACCCUGAUUUGUCUUUCCUCUGCAGAUGACAGUAGUUCGGCUGGACCUGGCUUGCUUCCGCCUGAAGCCAAAAGAAGGUAAGCCCCACACCUUGGAGACAGCGACCUUUGACUAAAGGCCUGUGGGAAAAUCUCAUUUUCAUUUUCAUUUUCUUCUCAUUCUCUUCCAUCCAGAUGACAUCAUCAUUGAAGAUUUAUAG